GUACUCCUUUUGUUUUAUACUUCUAUAUUUUAAUAGAGUGAGGAUAUUCUCCACAAAAUUCCCCAACAAUGAUCUCAUUUGUCACCACAUGACCGUGAUUAUAGCUCUUAUACACUUCCCUACAACAUUCAUCUCUUCACUACAAAUACCAGCAAAGCUUUAACAUAGAGAGAGAAACACAUAUACCAAUUUAUUUGAGUUUUUAGAGAGAAAGAUAUAUACAGUAAAAAUUUAAAAAAAUAAACAAAAAAUGGGUAGCAUAGAGGAAGAAGAGCUAUUACAAAUGGUUCAUGAUUUCAUGGAAUCAUCUGAACCAACAAUCUCAUCACCUUCUUUGUUAUCGUCUAACAAUUUUUGCAAUCCUCAUACUACCCUAAAAUAUGAUCAUUUUAGAAGGCACUUUACCCUACAAGAGAUUUUAAUGAAGAAAACUAGAGAGGAGAAGGAGAUCAUUGAGAAAGUAGGGAAGCAUAUGAGAAAAAAAUUGGAUUUGGAGAAAACAAGUGGACUUAAGCAAUGGCUUGUUCAAUGCCUUAAGUUUGAUGGGUUUUGUGUUUCUCUUUGUCAUACUUCUUGGGUCACUACCCCUUCUUGUCCUUGUGGAAGCUAUGAAUAUAUUGAAAUAGUGGAGGGAGGCACCCAAAGAGUAGUAGUGGACAUUGAUUUCAAGUCUCAAUUUGAAGUAGCAAGGCCAAGUGAAAGCUACAUACAACUCUCAAGCAAACUUCCAAAAAUAUUUAUUGGAAAUGAAGACAAAUUAAAAAACAUUAUUUAUCUUGUUUGUUCAGCUGCAGAAGAAUCACUUAGAGAGAAAGGACUUCACAUUCCUCCUUGGAGAAGGGCCCCUUAUAUGCUUUCCAAAUGGAAGCUUUCAAAUAAUUCCUCCAAUAAUCAUAACAAAAAAUACCCUAAUAAUAAUAAUAAUAAUAAUAAUAAUAAUAAUAAUAAUAAUAAUAAUAUUAAUCAUAAUACAAAUAAUAAUCAUAUUAAUAUUAAUAAUAACAAUAAUUAUCCUAAUUAUCCUUCUAGUUCUAGAUUAGAGAAGUGGGCACCAAAGAAAGUGAUGAUGAAGGGGAGAAGAAGAGAAUUAAGUGGUGGGGAAUCAGGAUUGUCUAAUCAAUUUUCAAACUUGGGCAUCAAUUGUUGUUAGUAAUUGUUUUGUAGGUGCGUCCAAUCAAUUUUGGCCAUGUUAGGAUAUUUUCAAUAUUCUGAAAUACUUGCAACUAAUUGUACUGUGACAUAUUGUGAAGAAAAAUCUCACUAUCAGUUGCAAGUAUAACGAAAUAGAGGAAGUUGUAUUUUUUUGUUAAAAUAUAUUGUUAUUUUACAUUAAAGAGGGAGAAAGAUUAAAACUAA